CGGAGGCGCUUAUUAACCCUAACACCUGAUUCGUCGUUGGCAAGACGUAUUGGCCAAUCAGGGCCCAGUAGGUGGAGUUUACCGGAAUGCGGAUAUGAAAUAUAACUUUUCUUCACAUCGGACGUUCUUCCCCAUGCUCCAACAUGGCGGAGCUUCAGGAGAGAAAUGUCAUGAAGCAACGUGAGUUAAUGUGACUGUAAACACCUGAACCGGCUCCGGGACACACUGUAAUAAAGGUUAAGUGGAGUCGUGAUGGUGGGCUAUGACCCAGGCACCAGCACCGUCUCUCCGGAGGACGCGGCCCUGGCCGGCUCAGCAGCAGGCCUCGUGACCCGCGCCAUCAUCAGUCCAAUGGACGUACUUAAGAUCCGCUUCCAGCUGCAGGUGGAGCGCGUCUCAUCUUCCAGGCCUGAGGGGAAGUACAGAAGCAUAAUGCAGGCAUGGCGUUGCAUUCUGGGAGAAGAAGGACCUUCAGCUUUCUGGAAAGGCCACGUCGCUGCUCAGAUGCUGUCCAUCUGCUACGGAGCCGUGCAGUUUGCAAGUUUCCAGGCUCUCACUGAACUCAUUCAUAAGACCACGUCCUAUAACAGUCAGGCAGCCGGUGUUCACUUCCUGUGUGGAGGACUGGCUGCGUGUUCUGCUACCGUGGCCUGCCAGCCCCUCGACACACUCCGCACACGCUUCGCUGCUCAAGGAGAACCCAAGGUUUACAGGAACCUCCGUCAAGCCGUGAGCACCAUGUUCAUCCAGGAGGGGGCGCUCACCUUCUACAGAGGCCUCACUCCCACACUGGUGGCCGUGUUCCCUUACGCCGGCCUCCAGUUCUUCAGCUACAACAUCCUCAAAAAGUUACUGGACGACAACAAGACAUGUAAAGGUGGUCUGCAGAGUCUGGUGAGCGGCAGUGUGGCCGGAGUCAUCAGUAAAACCCUCACCUACCCCUUCGACCUGUUCAAAAAGAGACUGCAGGUGGGCGGCUUCGAGCAGGCCAGAGUGCACUUCGGACAGGUCCGGACGUACCACGGACUGCUGGACUGUGUGAAGCGCAUCGCUCGAGAGGAAGGUCCGGCCGCCUUCUAUAAGGGUCUUUCUCCCAGCCUGAUAAAGGCAGCCAUGUCCACCGGCCUCACCUUCUUCUGGUACGAGUUCUUCACCAACACCAUCUCCAGCCUGAGGAGGAAGUGCUGAGCGCAAAAGCUGGUACAGGAAGACGAGGAAGCACGUGAACUAGUCAUCUUAGCUUUUAAUACAGUCUUCGUACGUUCUAAAACCCUCAGGACAUUCGCUUCAAGCGCACACUCAGCGUUGCUAUGACGACAGGCUCACUGGUUUUAAGUUAAAUUUUUUGUUAAAUCUGAGACUACAUUGUUGCUAGGAAACGAGUGCUGUAAGACUCUUAGUGGUAAAAGAGGAGAACGAAUUAGCGAGCUGAUUGACAGGAAGGUGCAGUGAC